AGCGCCGCCGAUUAUAGGAUACUUGCCUUUUGAAGUGCUGGGUACUUCUGGCUACGACUAUUACCAUAUAGAUGACCUAGAGCUGCUAGCAAGGUGCCAUGAACACUUGAUGCAGUUUGGCAAGGGGAAGUCAUGCUGCUAUCGGUUUCUGACCAAAGGACAGCAGUGGAUCUGGCUCCAGACCCAUUACUAUAUCACCUACCACCAGUGGAACUCCAAGCCAGAGUUCAUUGUGUGCACACACAUGGUGGUAAGUUAUGCAGAUGUCCGGGUGGAGAGGAGACAGGAGAUGGGCUUGGUAGAAGUGUCCUCAGAGGUUGUGUCCUCGGCACUAAAGGACAGUGGCACCAGCUUGGACCCUGAACAGCACUUUAAUGCACUUGAUAUUGGUGCCUCAAUCCUCAGCGCUAGUCGGACACCCUCAGUAUCAUCCAGGAGCUCACCAAAAUCUUCCCACACACCCAAGUCAGACCCAGCAUCUACACCAACAAAGCUGAUGGCAGAGUCUAACGCUCCCUUGCCAAGGACACCAGGCGUGCAGCAGGAUUUAUCCGUGCACAGACUCAGUCAGCCUGCCACUCUUCAGGUUUCUUUGCCUUCUCAGCCUCCUUGUGAACUUCUCCCUCAGCAGCUGCUGCCUCAAGCGACUCUGCAAAACCAGCCUGCACCUCUGGCACAGUUCUCAGCACAGUUCAGCAUGUUCCAGACCAUCAAGGACCAGCUAGAGCAGCGGACUCGGAUCCUGCAGGCCAAUAUCCGGUGGCAGCAGGAGGAGCUUCAGAAGAUACAGGAGCAGCUCUGCCUUGUCCAGGACUCCAGCGUACAGAUGUUCCUACAGCAGCCGACAGUGUCCCUGAGCUUUAGCAGUACUCAGCAGCCCGAGCCACAACAGCUACAGCAGAGGUCAGGGGCCAUUCCUCAGCUCGUCCCGAGUCCUCAACUUCAAGGGCAGAUUGCACCUUCGCAAACAGCAAACCAGCAAGCACUGAGAGAAGCAAGCGUGAUAUCGAGCCAG